AUGACCCGGUACAUCAACUUUUUCAAGUUACCGGAGCAAACCGCGACCCCUGGCCUCAGAAAGAUGGAACCCCGUGAUGCUCCUGACGUUGCUCGUUUGCUUAAGAAUUACUUGAAACAGUUUGUUUUGGCUCCAGAUUUUGACGAGAAUGAAGUCGAGCACUGGCUGCUUCCCAAGGAAGAUGUCAUGGAUACUUACGUGGUUGAAAGUCCUGGAAGUCACGAAAUCACUGAUUUCUGCAGUUUUUACACCUUUACCUGGUCUAUAUUUGGUAGCCAAAACCAUUCCAUUCUGAAGGUGGCAUAUUCGUAUUACAACGUAUCCACCAAGACGCCCUUAGUUCAACUGAUGAGUGAUGCUCUCGGUGUUGCCAAGAAGAAGGAUUUGGACGUUUUCAUGGCAUUGGACAUUAUGCUCAAUGGGACUUUCUUCAGUGAACUCAGGUUUCGCCCUGCAGAUGGGAAACUUAAUUACUAUCUCUACAACUAUCGGCUAAAGCACGGGCUAAGAUCAUCCGAGAUUGGCCUCCUGCCCUUAUAG